GUGUUGGUCAUCCUUGACCUGACCAUUCCAAUCUAAGUAUUAGUUCACACUUCAGUGAUAUAUAUUCAUCGUUAAUGCAUGGCUUUCGUUUCAUAAAAAUCCACAAGACUCAUCAUUAGCAUUGCACUAUCAGUAAAAUACGCCAUGAUGAUUAAUUAUAAUCAUACUGUUUUUGUAUUUCUUCUUUUGUCCUUGGGGAUAUUCAAACUGGGUUCAUGCAUUGAAAAUCAGAGUCAGAAUAAUAAUGAAAAUCAGAGUCAGAAUAAUAAUGUGGCAGUGAAAUGCAUCAAAAGUGAAAGAGAAGCACUUCUCAAAUUCAAGGAAGGCGUAAUUGAUUUUCCAGGUAAGCUUUCUUCAUGGGUCGAUGAAGAUUGCUGCCAAUGGAAUGGCGUAGAUUGCGACAGCGAAUCAGGUCAUGUUACCAAGCUCAAUCUUAGCAACCCAGCUGGACGCCACAGGCACUAUGAGUAUGACGGAAAUGAUGAUAAUUAUCCCAUUCCAUCAGAUCAUCCCGCUUUAGAUGCGGUUAAAUCAUGUUAUUAUUGCAGGAAUGCUGACAUGAGUGAAACUUAUUCUAGGGGGUCUAAAGUUAAAGCAUCUGUUAAAGCAUCUUUUUCAGGGGAUGUUAAAACAUCGGUUAAAGCAUCUUUUUCAGGGGAUGUAAAUGCAUCUCUUUCAGGGGAGAUUAGUCCUUAUCUCGGCAAUCUGUCGAGCCUGACGCAUACUGACCUUGAAGGAAACUACAAUUUGUCUACCAAAAAUUUGAAUUGGGUCUCAAGUCUCUCUUCUUUAGAGUACCUGUAUUUGGGGGGAGUGAAGAUCAAUCAUACCAAAGCAGAUUGGCUGCAUGCAAUUAACAUGCUUCCUUCCCUUCUGGAGUUAAGUUUAUGUUCAUGUCAGCUUGAACACCUUCCAUCUUCCCUUGAUUUCCUCAAUUUCACCUCUCUUCAUGUCCUUGAUUUAUCAUACAACUCAUUUAAAACCUCCAUACCUCAGUGGCUGUUUAAUCUUACGAGUCUAACAAAACUUGAUUUGACUUUUAGCAAUCAAGGAGGAAAAAUCCUUGAUUCAUUUGGGAGACUUGGAAGUCUAAAAUACCUCUAUCUCGGUGGUAACCACUUUUAUGGUUCAAUUCCAGCUUCUAUUGGCAAUUUGUCAUCCUUGAAGGAGUUGGACCUCUCAUACAAUGAGAUGAAUGGAACCAUUCUAGAAAGUUUUGGGCAACUCUCAAAGCUAGUCAAUUUGUAUCUCCUAGAAAAUUCUUGGGAAGGAGUCAUAACAGAAGUCCAAUUGAUGAAUCUCAAAAGCCUAGAAGAGUUUAUGCUAACAACAAACAAAAGUCAGUCUCUAGUUUUCAAUGUGACAGAGAACUGGGUUCCUCCAUUCAGCCUUAAAUCUCUUCAUCUAGAAAGCUGUCUCAUUGGUCCCAAAUUUCCUAAAUGGCUUCAAGUUCAAAGUGAGCUUACCUAUGUCAUCCUAAAAAACGUUGAAAUCAAAGGCACCAUACCUGAGGAAUGGUUCUCUAUGAUAUCUUCUAACCUCACCCACUUGGAUCUAUCCAAUAAUCAGAUAAAAGGGAACUUGCCGCACCAAUUAGUAUUUCCAAAUGUGACUAAGCUAUUUCUACAAAGCAAUUUGUUUUCAGGCCCUAUCCCAUCAAAUAUUAGUGAUCUAAUGCCAAGCUUGCAAUAUUUAGAUCUUUCAGAGAACUUCCUCUAUGGUGAAAUUCCUUUGUCCAUAUUGAAAAUAGAACAUCUUAAUAUUCUUGUCCUCAGGAGAAAUAAUCUUUCAGGGGAGCUCCCUCAUCAUUGGAGCGAGUCACAAAUGAGCUUGCUCGUUGUGGAUAUUUCAUACAACAACAUAUGUGGAAAAAUUCCCAGCUCAAUGGGUUUCUUAGGAAACCUUUCUAUAUUAGUGUUGAGCAACAACAAUCUUAGUGGAGAAAUUCCUUCUUCCUUGCAAAAUUGUUCUAUUGUGAGCAUGGAUUUCGGGGGGAAUCGUCUCUCGGGGAAUCUUCCGUCAUGGAUACACUCAAACAUCUUCAUGCUACGCCUACGAUCAAAUCUAUUCAGUGGAAUCAUCCCUAAAAAAUGGUGCAAUCUUCAUAAACUUCACAUCCUAGAUCUUGCACAAAAUAAUCUCUCUGGGAGCAUUCCAGAUUGUUUCAACAAUUUUACUGCUAUGGUUGAUAGCAACACCUUAGAGUCCAAUCCUAUUGAGAACUAUACAGAGGAAGCAUACAUAAUGACAAAAGGAAGUUAUUAUAAAUAUGAUCGCACUCUCCAACUAGUUACCUGCAUUGAUCUUUCAGGGAAUAGUUUGACUGGAGGAAUUCCUAUUCAAAUAACACGCCUCACAAGAUUGGGCACGCUAAACUUGUCAAUGAAUCAUCUAAUUGGAAGCAUUCCUAAGAAUAUAGGAAACAUGCGGUGGCUAGAAACACUUGAUCUCUCAAACAAUAGACUUUUUGGACCUAUUCCUGGAAGCAUGUCAUCUUUGACUUCCUUAGUACACUUGAACCUAUCUUUUAACAACUUGACAGGAAGAAUCCCAUCUGGUAAUCAGCUCCAAACACUAAUUGAUGCAACCAUAUACAAGGGAAACCCUUCGUUGUGUGGGUCUCCUCUUCCAACCAAGUGCCCAGGAGAUGAAACAUUUGAUGGCCCAAGUAUUGCUGGUGUUGAUGACAAACAUGGUGGAGAUGAUUAUGAAAGGAUAUGGUUCUAUGCUAGUAUCGGACUCGGGUUUGUUGUUGGAUUUUGGAGUGUUUGCGGCACCCUACUAUUGAAGAAGUCAUGGAGGCACUGUUACUUUUGUUUCUAUGAUGACAUCAAAGAUAGGAUAGCAUUGCUAAUUGCAUUGAGAGUAGUUCAUUUGAAAAGGAAAUUUGGGUUGGAAAAAAAUUGAAGUUUGUAGAUUGGAAAGCUGGUUUAGUUCUAAAUUUGAGGUAUGCAUGUGUUUUGUGAAAUCUUAAGUUAAAUAUUUUUUAUCUUGGUUUU